AAGUGUGUCAGUUAUGACGCAAAGAAAUCAUAUACAAUGGAAGGAUUUGUUUACGUGCUACUCAUAUGGGGAUAUGAGGCUGUUACUGGCCUAGGAGAACAGUACGGAAACAAAAUUGUUGGGGCACAAGUUCCUCUCCUUUCAUGGGCUGGAUCAAGAAAACGGUUCGUGUUUGACGACUUCAUUAGACAAGAAAAAAUCUCACAUGAAGAUAAGGUACCAAAUUUGUAAUGUUUUAUUUCUUGUUUUUGGUGAUUUCUUUACUUUUGUUUUUUACUUUUAUGUUUGUUUUGACUCUUAAAUUGAAUGAAUCUCACAUUCAUUUUUAUUAUUUUCAGGUUCGUGUACGGCAUUUAUUUUCACACGUUGACGAGAAUAUAGUCCCUAAAUGGGAUGGUGAGCUGGAAGAUGAAAAUGUGAACCACUUGAUUCGUGAUAUACUUCAUGACUGUGUCAAUCGUAAAGCAUGGGAUUUACUUGAAACUUCUGUUACGAAGAGGACUAAGCGUAAAGAAUCUGCCCCCGUGAAUGUUUCAUGGGAUUCAACAAACAAGAAUAAGAAGGCUAAACCUAUGGAAGAUUGUCGGUAUAAUGCUGACGGUAAUGAUACGCCAAGCACUGCAAUGUUGACCAUGUUGGAGACUCUGACAGAAAAAAUAGACAACAUGAACACCAAUAUGGCUACUAAAUUAAUGGCUGGUUUAGAUGCAGCAAUUGGUACGAAGGUUGAUGUCAUAAUUGGUCCCUUAAUUGAGAAAAUUGCCAUCUUGGAGAUGGAUAUGCGAAAGAUGAAAGGAAAAAUGGUACCUGAAGAAACAAAAGAAGCUGCCAACUCCAAUGUGAAUAUCAAUGAGGAAGUGACAAGUGAUGCUAUGUCUUGGAUGCUGGAGAUGAAAUCCACGUCUCAGGAUGGUAUACCAGCUCGACAUGUUGUUAAGAAAGUGAGGAAGACAUGCAAAAAAGGUGGAGAUAUAGGACUUGAUAAGAAUAAUUUGUUUGAGAAUAAGGUUUUCAAAACCAAGAUACAAGUCCCACAUCUACUCGAUACUGCCUCUGAGGAAACAUGGUCUGAUACAAAGCAGCGUGAAAAAAUUAGAAAAGUUAGUGAUCCUAUCGUUUACUUCUAUGACUUUUCUCUCUUUUUUCUUGUCAACACCAAAUAGCCAUCUAGUUUCUUGAUAUAUCCAUUUACCACAUGUAAGAGUAAGUUGUCCCAUCUGUGAAAAAUGAAAGGAGAUUUGAUGGAAAGAAAACGUGAACAGCCUAAGAAGAAGAAGACGGCUUGACGUAAUAGGUAAAGAACGUGAUUAGAUUUUGUUUAGAUUAGGGUUUGGUUCACUUUUAUUUCUGGUCUAAAUUAAGUUAUGAUUUGGUUUACACUAUUAAAUUAUUAUUUGGUUUAAAUUAAGUUACGGUUUGGUUUUCACAUUUAAAUUAUUGUUUGGUUUAAACUAAAUCCGGUUUACAUGGUUUGUCACGAUUUUGCUUAAUUGGUUUAAAUUAUAUAAGUCUAUCUUCAAAAAGAAAAACAAAUCUGUGGUCAAAAGUAGGGCUGGGCAAAUAAACCGAACCCGAAAAUCCGAACCGAACCCGAUCCGAUAAAAAUGAAUCCGAACCGAUCCGAACCCGACAUAAAUACCGAAUGGAUCCUGUUUUUUGGUAUUUUGGGUUAUGGGUAUUAUCCGAACCGAACCCGUACCUAAAUGGAUAUCCGAUAGAACCCGAAAC